UAAUCACAUCUUGGCAGUUGGCACCUUCCUCUUUUCUUCCCCCUGCCUCAACUUGCCUCUCCCUCCUUAUCUAUAUAUUCUACUCUUUCCUUUCAUUGAGUUCUUCAGUUCACCUUCAACAAUCCCACAAUAACUUUCUCUAGAUAACUUUUAUUAUAUAUCAAGACUACUGCAAGAUCAAUCUACUGCAAAUUAAGGAGAUUUCUUUCAAUGGAAUACACUAGCUUGGUUGAUACUUCUUUGGAUCUCAACUCAAAUCCUACCCACUUCCUCUCUUUAGUUCCAAAACAAGAAGCUAAGAACAACUCAUUCAUUGAGCUUGGAUUGAAGUUGUCACCUGUUAAUGAUGAGGCUACUGGUGCUUUGGUGGAGGAAUUGAAUAGGCUGAGUGCAGAAAACAAGAAGCUAACUGAGAUGUUGACUGUCAUGUGUGAGAACUACAAUGUUUUGCAAAAACAGUUGGCUGAUUACAUGAACAAGAAUCCGGCUAAUUCGUCUGAUAGCAACUCGAAGAAACGGAAGCUGGAACCCCAUGAGAGGGGAGUUUCUGAAAGCAGUUCAAGUGAUGAAGAUUCUUGUAAGAAACCUAUACAAGAACAACAACACAUCAAGGCCAAGAUUUCUCGGGUUUGUGUUCGUACCGAAGCUUCAGAUACCGGCCUCUUGGUGAAGGAUGGAUAUCAAUGGAGGAAAUAUGGACAAAAGGUCACAAGAGACAACCCUUCUCCUAGAGCUUAUUUCAAAUGCUCUCAUGCUCCAACAUGCCCAGUAAAAAAGAAGGUUCAAAGAAGUGUUGAGGAUCAAUCAAUCUUGGUGGCAACUUAUGAAGGAGAGCACAACCAUCCAACCCAAUCGAAACAAGAGCAAGCGAGUUCAGGCUUGAACCACCGGCCGGUUGCAACCACUACACUUGGUUCACUCCCAUGCUCAGCUUCACUUGGUUCAUCCGGACCUACCAUCACUCUAGACUUAACAACACCACCCAAACCACCUACUAUCCCUUGUGAUGAAGCCAAGGUUGGUGGUAAUAACCGAAGAAUCGACACACCCGAGUUUCAAAAGUUUCUUGUAGAUCAAAUGGCUUCUUCUUUGACAAAAGACCCGAGCUUCAAAGCCGCAAUAGCCGCAGCGAUUUCGGGAAGAAUGGCUCAACAAAAUCAGGCACAAAAGUGGUAGGUAGCUAGCAAGUAUUGAUUAGAUCAUGGAUGGUGUAGAUAUCACAUGUUAAAACUUAAAAGAAAACAAAGAAAGUGCUAGUGGUAGGAAGCUUCGAUUUGAUUGAGAUUUUAGGAGGGAAAAUUAUACACAAGUUGUGAGUUGGUUUAACUUGUUUCCAGUUGUAACGUGACUUGACUGAAACCAGGAGAUACACGUGAAGUUGAGAACUUAUGGCUCAAACCAAUUGUUUAUAUGAAAGUUUACUACAAUUCGGAUUUUGAUUUCUC